GCUCUCUCCCUCUCUCUCUCUCUCUCUCUCUCUCUUGCUCUCGCUCGCUCGUGCUCGCGCCUGCGAACUGCUCUCCGCCACCCGCGAGCGACUGCGAAAUAACUGAAGAUUCGCCGCCCCUCCCCUGCAAUCCGCGCUCCGCCGCCGACGACGGCGGAGGCAGGAGCUCCGCCGCCACCGCCACCACCACCUCCUCCGCUCGCGGAUCGAUCGCCUUCCCCCGCGCUCGCGCCACUUGCAGGUUUCCUGGUUUGCAUCUGAGUUUUGUCGGCUUGAGGUCCGUCGUCGGUAGAGUUAUGACCCCAAUAUUGGAUUGACCCGAUAAGGCUAGAUUAGCCUGUUGAAUGGGGAUUCAAACAAUGGCUUCACAAGGCGGCGGCGGCAGCAGCGGUAAUGCUGGAGGUGGCGGUGGCAAUAAUGGAAAAUCCACUGAAGUUCAGCCAUUGACUCGGCAGAAUUCAAUAUACAGUCUCACACUUGAUGAGGUUCAAAACCAGUUGGGUGAUUUAGGGAAGCCAUUGAGCAGCAUGAACCUGGACGAGCUUUUGAAGAAUGUCUGGACAGCUGAGGCCGGUCAGUCAAUGUUUAUGGAUGUUGAGGGCACGGCUGUGGCUAAUCAAAAUGCUCUCCCCCGUCAGGGAAGCGUUUCAUUAACUGGUGCAUUGAGCAAGAAGACAGUCGAUGAGGUAUGGAGAGAUAUACAGCAAAAUAAGAACAGGGAAGAAAAUAAAUCUAAGGAACGACAACCCACUUUAGGAGAAAUGACCUUGGAGGACUUCUUAGUAAAAGCAGGUGUUGUCGUUGAGUCAUCUUCGGAUAAAAGGAGCACAGGUAACAUUGGCGGGGUCGACCCCAGCAUUACACCACAAGUUCCUCCUCAAGGACAGUGGAUGCAGUACCCACAACCUCAGUUUGCUCACCCACAACAAAACAUAAUGGGUAUUUACAUGCCAGCUCAGACUAUGCCACAGCCUCUGCAAAUGGGAGCUGGUUCCAUGAUGGACCUUCCAUAUCCUGAUAACCAGCUUGCUUUACCUUCACCAUUGAUGGGAACAUUGUCAGAUUCACAGACAAGUGGUAGGAAAAGAGGCAUUCAUGAAGAUGUAGUAGAUAGGAGUGUUGAAAGGAGGCAAAAGCGCAUGAUAAAAAAUCGGGAAUCUGCAGCUCGUUCACGAGCAAGGAAGCAGGCUUACACAAGUGAACUGGAGAACAAAGUUUCACGGCUAGAAGAGGAAAAUGAAAGGCUGAGGAAACGAAAGGAGUUCGAGAUGCUGUUGCCAUGUGCACCCCCUCCUGAGCCAAAGUAUCAGCUGCGAAGAACUACAUCAGCCCCAUUUUGACAUCUGCUUCCGUAUGCUGUAUCUGAAGGUUCUGUAGAUAUAACGAUGCCUUCAUGGUUGGCUGAUUUGGUUUACCCGAGGAAGACAGAAAUUAAACCGAAGCCCGUCGAGUCGCGCAUUUCAGGUGCUUUCUAAUAACAUAGAAAUGAAACCAAAGCCCGUCAAGUCGCGUAUUUCAGGUGCUUUCUGAUAUUUGUCUGAGCCUUAAAAAAAUUUUGCUUAUAUUUAAUUCGCUUCCUUAGUGUGUCGAUGGGAUCAUUGUACUGUUUGUGAUUUUCUUAGUUGUGUAUCGCUGUGAGAAUUGUGAUUCUUAAGCAGUUUUGUAAGUAUUUGUAUCCUGUCAUUCUUGCCAGUAACCGCUUGAUCUCUUUGGUUGAGCUAUUCUCCUUCACGGGUUGCUGUGCUUGGUCUGAUCCAAUUGCCAAAUCCUGGGCGUUUGAUUUCUUCCCCUUCAACAAACAGUACCGAUUGUUAAUGCCAAAGGGGUUGUCGACAUUCUGAUAUAUUUUUUUUCCUCACCUCAGUCCAGCGAAAAGUCUGGAACUUCAUAUC